GACUCAAGAUAGGGCCAUUCUCUUUAGUGUUUGCCCUGUUCUCCCAAUGUCCACCUCCUCACCGCCCGCAUUUUGAUAUAAAAUAUCAUAGACUGACUCUUGAAACUGGCCAUUAGCCAAAGCAAACGAUAGCAAAUCAACGUGUAUUAUGGAGUAACUAAAAACUGAACAGAAGGAACGACGAGGCAGAGCUUACAUUCAGACCUCCUCAAUCAACAGUUCCUCCCACUUUGGCAUUCACCAUUGCUGCACUACAAGUUCUUAUCUUGACCUCAGUCGACGAUUGACUAAAAUAGACCAACGAGGAUGUCCCAGCUCCAGUUUCAGUGUCCGGCUAGUCCCAUGCCUGCUGCCUCAGCUCCAAUGCAGCUGGGGCAGCCACAGCCUGGCUACAGCAUCCCCUGUGCGUCAGGCACCCUACCCUCGGAGAGCGCCAGCCAGCCCAUCAGGAGCUCUGCGCUCCCUGCGGGCUCAGCCACUCCCUACAGUACCACCACAGUAUCUAACAUGGCAAACCCUAAAGAGAAGACCCCCAUGUGUUUGGUGAAUGAGUUAGCCCGUUUCAACAAGAUUCAACCUGAGUAUAAGCUGCUGUGUGAGCAAGGACCAGCUCACUCAAAGGUAUUUAAAGUAAUUUUUACAAACUAUACUGUUGCCUGUUUUUUGACACAAGUUCAUGCUAGUAAGGCCUCCUGCGUUUGUCAGAUUUUCUCGGUAAGGCUCACACUGGGAGAUCAGCACUGGGAGGCAGAGGGGACCAGCAUCAAGAAAGCCCAGCAUUCCGCUGCUGCAUCUGCCCUAGCUGAGACGACACUUCCCAAGCCCACCGUGAGGACGCCCCGCAACACAGGCAAGAACCCAGAUGGCAUGACACAUACCAUGGAGUUAAAUGCACUUUGUAUGAAGCUUGGUAAAAAGCCCAUGUAUAAACCCAUCGACCCCUACCCGGCGAUGAGACCACCAAACUUCAAUUACAAUGUCCGGGCUCCAGGACCUUACCAGCGCUCUAUGCAACAGUACUAUUACCCAUUUCCUCCAGUGGGACCAAUGAUAUACCACAUGGAGCUUUCCAUCGGAGGCCAGCAGUUUAUUGGGAAGGGACGCACACGGCAGUUGGCCAAACAUGACGCUGCUGCCAAGGCCCUGAAAGUGCUGCACAAGGAGCCAAUAUUGCAGCAGCUGCCAGUGAUGAACGGAGAGCCCGAGGAGGAAGAGAACCUCAACAAAUCAGAAAUCAGUCAAGUGUUUGAAAUUGCACUUAAACGCAACUUACCUGUCAACUUUGAGGUUUUAAAGGAAGAAGGCCCUCCCCACAUGAAGAGUUUUGUAGUGCGUGUUACAGUCGGGGAAUUCACUGGAGAGGGCGAAGGAAAAAGUAAAAAGAUUGCCAAGAAGCUGGCAGCAGCAGCGGUGCUGGGGGAGUUGAAAAGGCUACCCCAUAUACCCAGUGUGGAAAAGACGCUGCCACGCAUCAAAAAGAAAACCAAAUCCAUCAUCAAACUGCAGACCAGCCCAGAGUAUGGCCAGGGAAUGAAUCCCAUUAGCCGCCUGGCUCAGAUCCAGCAGGCCAAGAAGGAGAAGGAGCCGGAGUACAGCAUGGUGACGGAGAGAGGUCUACCUCGCCGUAGGGAGUUUGUCAUGCAGGUGACAGUGUGCGGCCAGACUGCAGAGGGAAUGGGACCUAGUAAGAAGGUGGCCAAGAGGAACGCAGCAGAGAAAAUGCUGGAGCUCUUGGGAUAUAAAGUGCCUCAGCCUCAGCCCCCUAAACCGGCACUUAAAACUGAUGAAAAGACUCCAGUGAAAAAACCUGGUGAUGGGCGCAAAGUGACCUUCUUUGAACCUGGCUCUGUAGAGGAGGUGGCAUUGAGUUCCAAGGAGGAGGACUUCCGCCUGCCUUACUUGAGCCACCAGCAGCUGCCUGCAGGUAUCCUGCCCAUGGUCCCUGAGGUGGCUCAGGCAGUCGGGGCCUGCCAAGUGACCCAGGCCAAGGACUACAGUCGAGCUGUACCCAACCCAGGCAAGGCCACAAUCACUGCCAUGAUUGCCAACGAGCUGCUUUACGCAGGGACAUCAAUGACUGCUGAGACUAUCCUAAAGAACAAAAAUAAUUUGAACCAGCUGCCCCACGGACCCCUCACUAGGCCCUCGGAACAGCUCAGCUUUCUUGCGGCAGUGCAGGGUCUGCAGGUGGAAUACAAAGACUUUCCCAAAAACAAUAAGAAUGAGUUUGUAUCACUGAUUAAUUGCUCCUCCCAGCAACCGCUCAUCAGUCAUGGGAUUGGGAAAGAUGUAGAAUCCUGUCAUGAUAUGGCUGCAUUGAAUAUAUUGAAGUUACUCUCGGAGUUGGACCAGCAGCCAAAUGAAAGGACAGGAAAUGGACCAGUUUCUCGGUGCGGCAAGCAGGAAAUCGAAGGUGACUUGCACCUCAAACAGGCUAACUCAAGCACAUUGGCACAGACCCUGGAUGGCACUGUUUAGAUGAUCAGGUUUGGUUGUCAUUAAAAGCACUAGAGAAAACUCAGACACUGUGUUCUUAGUUUUAGACGGCUACAGGAAGCUUCUGACGCUGUAGGCUCUAAACCAUCACUGUUCAUAUUCAUCGUUCCAAAAAACGUUCACAGUUAAACAAGAUUGAUUGGAAAAAAAAUAGGUUCUUCCCCUUGAUGUUGUUUAAUUGUUCACAGUAUUUAUUUUGUUGCUUUGUAGAAAAAGUAGCUGCAUCCUAGUCCACGAGAUCGGGGUUUACUUGUUGGGGAAAAAAAAGAAGCGAUUUACUGUGAAUUCUGUUUUGUUUUGCCUAGAACUUGUUUCCUCUCUGUGAGACCUUCUAACUCUUGUUUUUAAGUCUUUUACGUUUUAUCCCCGCGCUGAGGUAGUUCAUCAAGUAAAAUCUUCCAAAGGUUUGGACCUCGUCUUUGUCUAGGGUGCAGCUGGCGAACCUCUGUUGAUUUUCCUAGAGUGCUUUAUAUCAACAACCACAAGUGAAGUGUUAUUGACAUUACCAUGUAGGGCCGGGAAGAAUUUGUGACUAAAUGUAGCGUGUGAUGUAAUGUGACGUUGUCUCUGCUGUGUGUGGCAGGGACGUUUCCCUGUUGCGUCAGUUCCCCCGAUACUCCCUUUUCCUCCCUUAUGUCAACCUCCCUUUUCUCUCCGCUCCCCAUGGUAAUUAAACUUGCGUGCUUACGUGCACAAAACAAA